CAAGUGGCAUCCGGCGUCAGUCUCGUUCCGGCAGUGGAGCCUUCCCUUCUUCUUCUUCUUCUUCGGCAAAGAAGGACGACAGUCGCAGCGAAGCCGACUCGGCAAUCUUGGCAUCGCCAUGUUAGUUUCGCGGUGCAAAUUUCCCGGCGUUCCCACACCGUUAUCUGUGGGGACUUUCGUCAAGCACCUGGCGGUCCCCAUAUCGACGAGGCUACACUGCGCUCUAGUCGGUGCAGGAGGCGGGGCCAAGAGCAGGGCUGUUCGUUGUCCCAAGUUCCAGGCCCUGAAGAAUCGUCAGAAGGAGCAGAUACACCUCUACGUCGACGCUCUCCUCGAGUGGAACCAGAGAAUGAAUCUGACUGCUGUCAGAGAGGCGGAUGAGGUGAUGGAGAGGCACAUCGAGGACUCUCUAUCGAUUAUCCCUCCAAUACGGGACUCUUAUCUAUCGCAUUGCGAUGCUUCUUGCGGUAACAUUAGAGUCGUCGAUGUUGGGAGCGGCGCUGGGCUUCCUGGACUGGUCUUAGCAAUUGCACAGCCCGAUUGGCAGGUGACUCUUGUUGAGUCUAUGAGAAAACGUUGUGUUUUCUUGGAGCAUGCGGUCAAUCUGGCCGGGGUGUCCAAUGUCGAGGUCGUGAAUGGGAGAGCCGAGGAUAUUGGUAAUGAUUUGUGCUUCAGAGAACAUUUUGAUGUUGCCGUUGCCAGAGCUGUUGCUGAGAUGAGAGUCUUAGCUGAAUAUUGUCUUCCACUUGUUCGCGUUGGUGGCUUGUUUGCGGCUGCGAAGGGUCACAAUCCGGACGAUGAAGUUAAAAAUGCUGAAACAGCAAUCCAGUCAAUGGGUGCUUCCCUUUUACAAGUCUGUCCUGUUGAAUCCCAUGGUCCAUACGGGCAGCGAACUGCCAUCAUCUGUUUGAAGGGUCACCAGACCCCCAGAAAGUAUCCCCGUCAUGCAGGCACACCAGCGAAAGAACCACUGUAAAUAUCCAGGUGGCCAUCUGCCGAUCAUCGCAAGUUAAUUAAUGCAAUUCUCUGUGAAAUUUUUGUAAAACAACUCAUAUUUGUAAGUAUAAUUCUUUGUUGAAAUCAUUCGCUGUCACCAGUAGCUUAUCAAUGAACUGAUUAUUGUAAUUUUAGGCCUUACUUAGCAUGGAGAGCGUUCAUACCUGCCACAUGCAACAUCUGGUGUAAGAUUUCCAGAGUAUCCGAUACUUGUCGUGGUGCAUAUCUACAGAGAUGAGCUUUCUGACCUU